UUGUAAAAUUAUCAUUAAUUACCAUACUAGAAUUCGAUUUCAUCAAAUAUUUAACAAUUUUAUAUAUUUCCAAUACAUUCCACUUAACAUAAAAAAAUUGACUUAAAUUACAAUGGGUGAGGUAACACUAGAAACAAUUGCAUACGCAAAAUUAAUGUUACAUGCAGCCAAAUAUCCAUCCUGCGCUGUGACUGGAAUUCUUUUAGCUGAUGGGACGAACAUUAGAGAUGGUGCUAAAAACCAGGACUUAAAUAUUGUUGAUGCCAUACCUUUAUUCCAUCAUAGCCAUUAUUUGUCACCUAUGGCAGAAAUAGCACUGACGCAGAUAGAUACAAUGGCUCAAGCAGAUAACCGCAUCAUAGCGGGAUAUUAUGCGGCUUGUGAAAACUUCAGGGACAAUACAGUUGAAAAGUGUCCUGGCCAGAAGAUAGCCGAGAAGAUUGCAGAGCUUUUUCCAUCUGCUGUGUUUAUUGUGAUUGAUAAUAAAAAAGUGAUGAAACAUCUGGAUUCCCCAGCAAUUAAAGUACACAGUUAUAAUGAAGGAAAAUGGAAACCCAAAGAAACAAGUACCAUUCUAUACCAACAAUCAUAUGUAUUAGAGACUGUUUCAUAUUUGUUGCAAGCUCUUGUGUACAAAGAUUUGGUUGAUUUUGACAAUUAUUUGGAUGAUCUAACACUGGACUGGACGAACCUUGGUAUUGAAAAGGUAAUCGCAAGUAUCAAUGCUUCAAAUAGCAUUGAAAGAGAAUAUAUUGAAGAAAGAGUCAGUGACAAGGAAAAUGAUUAUUAACUAAACUAUUUAUUGUUAUUAAAAUAAAGUCAAACUU